AUGGGACCCACGCCGGGAUCGGAAAAUCAUAUCCGGUACCCCCAUAACGUCACCCUCACCCUCUCCCUGGGCAAGAAAUUCGAGGUGACCUACGUCAGCCUGCAGUUCUGCUCGCCGCGCCCCGAGUCCAUGGCCAUCCACAAGUCCAUGGACUACGGCAAGACCUGGGUGCCUUUCCAGUUCUACUCCACGCAGUGCCGCAAGAUGUACAACAAGCCCAGCCGGGCGGCCAUCACCAAGCAGAACGAGCAGGAGGCGGUCUGCACCGACUCGCACACCGACGUGCGGCCCCUCUCUGGCGGCCUCAUCGCCUUCAGCACCCUGGACGGCCGCCCCACCGCCCACGACUUCGACAACUCGCCCGUUCUGCAGGACUGGGUGACGGCCACCGACAUCAGGGUGACCUUCAGCCGCCUCCACACCUUCGGCGACGAGAGCGAGGAUGACUCCGAGCUGGCCCGCGAUUCGUAUUUCUACGCCGUCUCCGACUUGCAGGUCGGCGGGCGAUGCAAGUGCAACGGCCACGCGUCGCGCUGCGUCCGGGACCGCGACGACAGCCUGGUGUGCGACUGCAAGCACAACACGGCCGGCCCCGAAUGUGACCGCUGCAAGCCCUUCCAUUACGACAGGCCUUGGCAGAGAGCGACGGCCCGGGAGGCCAACGAGUGCGUGGCCUGCAACUGCAACCUGCACGCCCGGCGCUGCCGGUUCAACAUGGAGCUGUACAAGCUGUCGGGGCGCAAGAGCGGCGGCGUCUGCCUCAACUGCCGGCACAACACGGCGGGGCGGCACUGCCACUACUGCAAGGAGGGCUUCUACAGGGACCUCAGCAAGCCCAUCUCCCACCGCAAGGCCUGCAAAGAGUGUGACUGUCACCCCGUGGGCGCCGCCGGCCAAACCUGCAACCAGACCACGGGCCAAUGUCCCUGCAAAGACGGUGUCACCGGCAUCACCUGCAACCGCUGCGCCAAAGGCUACCAGCAGAGCCGCUCCCCCAUCGCCCCCUGCAUAAAGAUCCCUGCUGCCCCCCCCACCACCACUGCCAGCAGCACAGAGGAGCCUGCAGAUUGUGACUCAUACUGCAAAGCCUCUAAGGGGAAACUGAAGAUCAACAUGAAGAAGUACUGUAAGAAAGACUAUGCUGUCCAGAUCCACAUUCUGAAAGCAGAAAAAAACGCCGACUGGUGGAAGUUCACAGUCAACAUCAUCUCUGUCUACAAACAAGGCAGCAACCGCAUCCGGCGUGGAGACCAGACCCUGUGGAUCCACUCCAAGGACAUCGCGUGCAAGUGCCCCAAAAUCAAACCCAUGAAGAAAUAUUUGCUGCUGGGCAACAACGAGGACUCUCCUGACCAGAGCGGCAUCAUUGCGGACAAAACCAGCCUGGUGAUCCAGUGGCGGGACACGUGGGCGCGGCGGCUCAGGAAGUUCCAGCAGCGCGAGAAGAAAGGGAAGUGCAAGAAGGCCUAAAAGGAGGAGAAGGCAAUGG